AUGCCUUCCGCACAGAAGAAGAAUGGGUCGAGCGCCCGCGAUAGGAAGCUGGCGGCUUUCCUGAAGGAUUUCGACCGUGAGGUGCAGAGCCGGGUGGAGCGGCUGCAGAUGAACGGACAGCAGCUUAUCAAGGAACUGGAGAACCUGUACGAUAUGGAGGUCCUGCGGUUGCCGGUAGCGGUCCGAGGAAUGAACUGGGUUGAUCACUUCGUUAAAGGAGGAUGCAAGAAGGCGUUGGAAGAGGCAGCAAUGGUAGACCUGGAAAUCAGAGAAAUAAACAAGCUAACAGUGGAAGUUAUCCAGAGUCCUUUUAAAAUUGCCAAGAAAGUGGGAAAAGGCAAGCAGAACAUUGAAGCUAUUGAAGAAGCAGCAGAGCCACCUUUGCUUCCUCAAGCCAAGAAAGCAAAACAUGACAACGAAUGUCUUCCAGAUUCAGAAAGUGAAAACAUCAACCCAAGAACUGCAAAGGUGAAGGCCUCCGCUAAAAAAGUGCCAGUGUCCAGGAGCAGAAGAGCUCCUUCAUCUAGAGUGAAGAGCAUGAGUAAAAGGUCAAGCAAAAACAGCUUUAUCACUCCAGCUACUGGGAGAAUGGUUGAUUUCUGUGCUCGGGGAGGCAACUCCAUGGUCACACCCAGAUUUGAUUCCAGUGUUUUCAAGACCCCAGGCCUGCGUGUGGCCACGUUGAACGAGCGUGUCUACACCAUCUCUGCCAACGGCAGCCCCCUCGCCGACAGCUCUGACGUCUUCAUCACUGUCCCUGUUGGAGGAGGGGAGUGCCUUCGUUUAACUGCAAAUGAUUUGACCAGGAAGAAUCUUCUUCAUCUGAAUCCAGAGGCCCAAGGAGUUAUGAAGAAGCUCUCAAUUCGUCUCGCAGAAGCUUGCAGCGUUACAAAAAACUACAGAUAA